UCUUCUGUUUGCUGAAUUCUCUAGGUGCCAGUUUUCGGUUUGCGUCCUACAUCGGUGAUUACAUGGUGCUACAGAAGGAGCCUGCCGGGGCAGUGAUUUGGGGCUAUGGCACACCUGAAGCCACAGUGACAGUGACGCUGUGUCGAGAGCAGGAAACCCUCAUGAAGAGAGUGACUCAUGUGAAAGCAUACUCUAAUAAAUGGAUGGUGGUACUGGAUCCUAUGAAGCCCGGUGGACCUUAUGAAGUGACGGCACAGCAGACUUUUGGAAAAACAAACUUAACCGUGGGAGUUCAUGAUGUCUUAUUCGGAGAUGUCUGGCUUUGCAGUGGGCAAAGCAACAUGCAGAUGACGGUUUCACAGAUAUUUAAUGCUGUAAGCGAGCUGGCCAACACCACGGCCUACACGUCUGUCCGCAUCCUCUCCGUGUCUCUCAAUCAGGCAGAGCAGGAGCUCGAGGAUCUCGCUGAGGUUGACUUGGAGUGGUCUAAGCCCACCGCAGAAAACUUAGGCCAUGGGAGUUUCGAGUACAUGUCGGCCGUGUGCUGGCUCUUCGGGCGCAACCUGUACGACACGCUGCGGUAUCCCGUGGGGCUGAUCUCCUCUUCGUGGGGCGGGACCCCCAUUGAAGCCUGGUCAUCUGGAAGGUCACUGAGAGCCUGCGGGGUCCCUAAGGAAGGGUUCACUUCACCGGCUUCUAUAAGUGGCCCCAGUAAACACUCUGUUCUCUGGAACGCCAUGAUCCAUCCACUACAUAAUAUGACUCUGAAAGGCGUGAUAUGGUACCAGGGGGAGGCCAACAUCGAUUUUAACAGGAACCUGUACAACUGCACGUUCCCCGCGCUCAUUGAGGACUGGCGCCAGACCUUCCACCUCGGCUCUGAGGGGCAGACGGAGCGCCUCUUCCCGUUUGGAUUUGUGCAGUUGUCUGCAGUUUUGUCUGAUGAAGACUCAGAUGAUCGAUUUCCCCAGAUCCGUUGGCAUCAAACAGCAGACGUUGGCUAUGUCCCCAACCAAAGGAUGCCCAACACUUUCAUGGCUGUAGCUAUGGACCUCGGUGACAGGACCUCGCCUUUCGGCAGCAUCCACCCUCGAGAUAAGCAGACCGUGGCCUACCGGCUGCACCUGGGGGCCCGAGCUGUGGCUUAUGGGGAGAAGAAGGUGACCUUCCAGGGACCACUGCCUGCGAAGAUAGAGCUCUUGGCCGACAAGGGGCUGCUCAGCCUCACGUACUCCCAGCAAAUUGAGGUGCAGAGGCAGGACCACGAGAUAUUUGAGAUCUCGUGUUGUGGUGACCAUCAGUGCAAGUGGCUUCCAGCUCCCAUGAACACUUACUCCACCCAGACCCUGGCCCUGAAUAUCAGUUCUUGUCCUGGCGCCGUGGCCGCUCUCCGCUAUGCCUGGGCCACUUGGCCUUGCGAAUACAAGUGGUGUCCCCUAUACCACCCCGAGAGUUCCCUGCCAGCCCCUCCCUUCAUUGCUUUUAUUGCAAACCAGAUGCCUGGACAUCACAGCAAGGCUGCGAUGAUUUAGUGCAGUAGGAUCAGAUCUUAGACAUAAGUAAAUGACAACAAAAAAA